AUGGAAGAAAAAGGGGAAAAACAAAAUAAGGAAAUUGAAGAAAAAAGAGAAAAACAAAGAAGGGAAGACAAGGAGGAACGUAUGAAAGAAAAGGAAAUGGAAGCUAAGGAACGUAGAAGAGAAAAAGAGAUAGAGGAAAAUAAAUUAGAAGAAUUAAAAGAAUUAAUACAGAAAAAUGCAGAUCAAAUCAAUAUAAAUAUGGAAGAAAAAGUGGAGAAGAUAAAGAAGGAAUUUAAAGAAGAAAGGGAGAAGUUUAAAAAUGAGAUGGAAAACAAAAUAAAACUAGUGGAAAAGAAAAUUGAAGAAGACCGAGAAAAGGUGAACAAGUAUGAAAUAGAAGGAAACAAGAGAACACUUCAAAUAUGGGAAAGUAUAAAAGAAAUCCAAAAGAAUACACAAGAAGAGAAGAAAGAAGUGGAAAAAGAAAUGACAAACUUGGAUAAAAAAUUACAAGAAAAUAGAGAGAGACUAGAUAUAGUAGAACAACAGAUAAGAAGGCAAGGAACAAACAAUGGCGAAGAAAUACCAAGCAAUGAAGAGAUACUGCAAAUAAGAGAAGAAUUAAUGAGUGAAAUUGCAAGAUUAAGGGAACUACAACAACAAACGACACAAACUAAAAUUAUCACAUGUUCAAAUAUAAAUAAUACACACAAAUAUGAUGGCUCGAUACAACAAAUACAUCCUGUAGUAUUUUUAAAAUCUCUUAAAAACAAAAUUAAGUAUGUAGAAAAUUUUGAUGAAAUAAAAGAAAUUAUUAGGGAAAAUUUAACAGGCGAAA